CGUAUAUCAUCGACGUUACGUGUGCUUCACAGGGAGAACAGUCCGCGUUACACAAUUUUAAUUCAAGUAAUUGGUCUCUCAUUACGACACGACGUUUACGUUCAUUUAUUCCACUACAGGAUCAUUGCUCGUUACGGUGUACGAUCUACCGACGCAAUGAGAAAUACAAACAGAGUCAAAUUUCAGUGAUGCGGAGGGCAAUGCAUCGAUAACAUGUUGUUUUUGAAUUCAAUCACUCAACUGGGUAUCGGACCCAGAUGUCUGGCCGAACCGUCGAGAGUUUGGAAUCAUCGGAAAUAUCAAUCUAUAGUCUGUUGUUAGCCACCGGCUCGAAUUGAUAAGAUCACUCGAGUUUUAUGUGUUAUAAAAUGUUACCAUGCUUUUACAAACGAUCGGAGAAUGGCGCAUUUGAUGAAAUUAGACAAUUUCAAUUGUCGAGCCGACGUGAAAAUUAUCACCGCUGAACAUCCGGUGUAAUUAGAAUCAUGGCGUGAAUUUGAUCGGAAAGUCAUUGAUUAUAAUUUAUCGAAUGAAAUUAACGACAGAUAAUUCAUUCAAUGUCAUCGGAUGGGUUCUCGAGAAUCGAGUCACGAAAAUACCCUGCGAUUGUUCGCAACUAUGUUGUCGAUGUUCGUAAAUCGGGGUAACAGUGAAUUUAUGAAAGGCGUCGGUGUGCGGAAACUUGACUCCGGCACCUAAUCAUCAACACUGUGAACCUAUUACACGUUGAAUUGGCCCCAAUUUCAGCCGACCGAAUAUCCUUCUGGGUCGAAAACCGGACAGUGACACUAAAGUGCCACUCCACAAACCUGAAAUUAACUUAUUAGUAUAAUUGCUGGUGUAACAAAUAAUGCGUCAUGUUCAGAAUGACGUCACUCAAUCCAUCGCCUGACUCUAAGUAAGCCGUUGGACGACCGCAGAAAUUCUCUACGGACACGGGGCAUUCGAUAGGUUCAAAUUCGGAUCUAUCGAUUCACAUCUGUAAUCGAACUUUCCCAUUGAACGAAUAAAAAAGACCAAAAAAAAAGAAACAAAAAAACUCUCCCGAGUCUUAAUUUUAUACACACGAUUAACUUUUCCUAUACCUGCCAGGUCCCAAAAUCUUGGGCUAAAUGCCACGGGCUCACCACAAUGCUACCGAAUUUACACAAAAACAGACUGCACGAGGUCUAAAAUAAGGGACCAGUUUAUCUAAACUGGUGUCGUUCUUAUCGCAAAACACGCUGUUCUCGGACCUUCGUCUUUUGUCACCGAAUGCACCGGCGCGUUAAACGCAGCUCGCAUGGUGUGCGUUUCACAGUGUUUCAAUGAAUGAAGAUACCAGUGGGGUUCCUUCUUCUCUCCAUUGAAAAGUUCGUAGACACCGACGGGAUUACCUUUACAAACGGCACAAGCACAUGGCAACCAAUGUCGGCAAUCGGGCCCACCAUCAAUCGCGCGUUAAUCUAUGCAGAUGCAUCGAGGGUACUUGAAUAUUUUUGAAAAAUAAUGCCGAGGACUUCUCAAUUCGCGUAAGCUACGGACGUUUAUGAACGUAUAUAUACGUUUUCUAUUGGGGUUACACGCCAGUCCAAGCGACGAAACAAAGGCCAUUGAAGCCGGAGAAAAAAAAGAAUCGACAAAAUACGUAGUCUGAAAAUAAAAAUUAAAAUAAAAACUAAAUUCACGACGAAAAGUAGUUGACAAACGAAGGAAAAUGUAGGGGAAAAAAAAAAAUAAAAAUAAAUAAAAAUAAAAAAUGCAAAGCUGAUAACAUCGUUGCUGAGUGGAAAUGGUGGGGCAUAUGGUGCGGAAUAUAAACUGGCCUCAGAUCAAGAGGAAUUCAGUCACCCGCUGCCAUUUGUCAUGUCGUUGAAAAAAAAUCCCGAUGCCGAGUUUUGCGAAGAAGUUCACCGCAACACGAUGAAUAAGGGUGGUGGAGAUUUGUGCUCAGCUAUGCGGCGUAAAAAGUUGAAAUUUUUCGUUUUCGUCGGUGUUUGUAUCGCGGUAUCGAACUCGCCAUUAUUUGGUUUGAUACAGGUGCCAGGUGCCUCGGGAGCAACGAAUCACGGGUUCAACCUAUACUGGAACGUACCGACCUUCAUGUGUCACAAGUAUGGCAUGUUCUUCGAGGACGUAAACACCUUUGGAAUAAGACAAAACGGUAAAGAUGAAUUUCGAGGGAACGAAAUAGCGAUACUCUAUGACCCGGGCGUCUUCCCGGCGCUUUUGAAGGACGAACACGGACGAACGGUGAGGAGGAAUGGCGGAGUGCCCCAGGAGGGUAACUUGACUUAUCACCUGGAGGUUUUUCGGGCGCACGUUAACGAGCAAAUAAGUGACGUGAAUUUUGCGGGAGUCGCGGUAAUCGACUUUGAAAGCUGGAGACCAAUCUUUCGACAGAACUGGGCCGCGCUUGCACCCUAUCGCGACUUGUCAACGGAAAUUGAAAGAGACAGACAUCCGUUCUGGGAUAAAAACAAAGUAGCGCAUGAGGCGACGAGGCGAUUCGAAAAAGCGGCUCGUUUAUUUAUGGAGGACACUUUAAAACUCGCGAGGAUCCUAAGGCCCAAGGCAUCAUGGGGAUACUACGCUUAUCCCUACUGCUUCAAUUCGACGCCGAAUGUUCCCACUGCUCAGUGCGAUCCGAAGGUCUACGCUGAGAACGACAGACUUUCCUGGAUGUUCAACUUACAGGGUAUGCUUCUGCCGUCCGUUUAUAUCAGGUCAAGUUUAAACAAAAGAGAGAGAAUGGAACUGAUAAGCUGCAGAGUCAAGGAGGCCAUGAGAAUUUCGUCCAAGUUAAAACAAGCCCUUCCAAAAACGGUACUCCCUUAUUUCUGGUACAAAUACCAGGACAAAACUGACGACUUUUUAACAAGUGAGGACUUGUCCAACGGCUUCAGACUGAUAAAGAGCAUCGGAGGAGAUGGCAUAGUGAUAUGGGGGAGCUCGAACGACUUCAACACUAAACAAAAGUGUCAGGAGUUUAGGGAUUAUCUGUCGGAGACGCUCGGUCCGACCGCCUGGAAGCUGCUAGUGGGAAGAUCUCGAAACGUCAGUGAAACCGAAGAGUUGCACGACGCCUACGAAACCCUACAAGUGACCACCGUGCCGAACGUGUACGGGGUAAGAGAAGAAGGCCGUCCAAAAUCUACGAACGUCGCGGGCGAUGAUCCGGAUGUUUCAAUCGAAAGAGAUUGACGAGUGCGGAUUAGCCAUACUCUGACGUUACGUGAAUUAUUUAAAUCGUGUGCGUGUGUGCGCGUAUGUGUGUGUGUGCGUGUUAAGUUUCGUCAAGAUGUAAGAAAAAUAAAAAUCAGGGUGCGCGGGACAAAUUUAAAAAUCAAUGAAAGUGCUUCGAAACCGUACAGUCUCUUCGAUGGUCAGUGUUACAUCGAUACAAACAGUGGUGGAAUUCGAUCGUAGUUCGAUUCGAAAAGGAUUGCGCCAAUUCUACGUGCAUAAUUUUAUUGGAAGAAAUAUAUUACAUAAUUUAUUAAUUGCAAAAAUCGAAUAAUUUCCCACCCAAGUAGAAAAGCGAAUACAGGUAGUCGAGAUCGGGCCCGAGCCAGGAGAGGAGAGAACAGCACGCCUCCACCACUACGGGGCCGUUGAGAUCUGCAGCUUGACCAGGGCCCAGGCUCAGUCUGCUCCUGGCAGCCUCCGCGCGACGCAGCAGGGCCCCAAAACUGAAAGUGCCGAUUUUCCAUCGUGACGACGAUAUACCAGAAGCCAGAAGCGGUUUUACGCCAAUCCGCACAUUCGAUUUUACACGAAUUAUGUAAACGUCUCCGAAGGGCACUCGAUCCACUCGACGCACAUGUGUAUCUCUGCACACUCCUACCCCUCGCAAAAUCCAUUGAAAUAGACGUCGGUUUUUCUCCCCCGGCCCCUCCACACCCCACCCCCCCUCCCAAGUACCGAUAAAUAAUAAAUAACGUCCUCAAGUGCCAAUUGGUUUUGCUAUAGAAAAUUAUAUCUGCAGCAUAACCGGAGCAGAUAGAUACCCUCCACAGCGGGAAGAAUAUGGGUCUGGCGACGGUGUCGGCCUUCCUGGCCCUCAUGGCGAUGCAAUUUUCGCUUCUACGAGCCCAUCGAGAACAUAAGGUACACUGAGGUUGUUCAGGUGCACAACAUAGUACUCUAUCCGGACAAGCACAGCUGGUGCAAGACGACCCCCAU